AUGGGAUCUUUGAUUGUUGAUCCACGUACCAACAAAACUGUGUUUACAUUCUUCUCGGAAUUCGGCGAGGAAUGGUCAGGUCAAGCUGCAGUCGAGGCUCUCGUGUUAGGCGUUAUCAUGGUGUUUGCUUUCAUCGGAAACGGAAUGGUAGUGUGGGCAGUAUACAGAAAUCCGAAGAUGAGGAAAACUACCAACUACUUUAUAUGUAACCUGGCUGUAGCUGACCUCGUGUUUGCUAUGUGGAUCCCAUUCAUCAUGGUUACCCGUGUUACCCAAAGGUGGGUAUUUGGGAACGUUGUGUGCAAGUUGGUCACUUAUGUUCAAUUCGUUUCCGGAAUAUCCUCCAUAUUAACGUUAAUGAUGAUCAGCAUUGAACGUUUCUUCAGUAUUUGUCUGCUGGCAAGUAAAAAGAUGACGAAAGAAAUUGCCGGUUUCGUGAUACUUGGAAUAUGGGUGCUCUCGUCCAGUUUUCCGAUACCCAUUGCCUGGGCACAAUUGGAGCGAGAGCUGGUCCUUGAUGACGUCACUUUAACCUACUGUGGAAUAAUGUGGCCGGAACACUUCCAUAUUGAUGUAUAUCUCUCGUUCAUGGUCACGUUUUUCUUCAUCGCCCCUCUUAUGAUUAUAAUUAUAAACUAUUAUAAGAUUUUCAAGUUUGUACGGAGAUCUUUGCGACGCACUGGACGACUAACAAGAUCAGAACUCAGAACGAGACGGAAACUUCGACUCACCAAAAUGUUUGUCGCGAUUGUAGUAUCUUUUGUAUUGAUGUGGUCGCCAUUUUUUGUUGUCAGUUUUCUUGCCGUGUACUUAAAUUCUAUUUCAUCGACAAAAUUCACCAUUACCAUCAUAUUAGCUUUAGCAAAUACGGGUCAGAAUCCUAUUAUAUAUGGUUUCUUUAACAAAGCAUUCCGGAAGGAAUUUAAAAACAUUUUCCAUUGUGAAGGUCAACUGAAACCUGCUGAAAUUACCGAAGUUAGCAAGAAGUACGUCGCCACGAGCGAAACAUCAAAAUAUAUUGGUACUGGCACAGAAGUCUCUGCAGGCACAAGCCAGACAGUGUAA